AUGGGUUCUGUUCCAGAAUUGGAAGAUUUAAUUAAAAAAGGUUUAUUUGAAAAAAAUGAAAUUACAAUGAUUAUGAGAAGAAGAACAGAUUUUGAACAUCGUAUAAAUUCAAGAGGUUCAAAAGCAAGAGAUUAUUUGAAAUAUGUUGAUUUUGAAAAAAAUUUAGAAAAAUUAAGAAAAAAACGUUAUAAUAGAUUAUCAUCUGUUGGAUUAAUUAAUACAAAACCAUCAAUUUCUGAUUGGGCAUCAGAACGUAGAAUUUUAUUUAUUUUAGAUCGUGGUGUUCAAAAAUUUCCAAAUGAAUUCCAAUUAUGGGAAACUUUAUUACAAUUUGCCAAAGAGCAAAAAUUAUUCAAGAAAAUUUAUAAAAUUUAUACAAAUUUAUUACAAUUACAUCCAACUUCAAUAAAUUCUUGGAUUAGUGCUGCAAAUUUUGAAUAUGAAUAUGUUGGUAGUGCUAAAAAUGCACGUAUUUUAUUCCAAAAAGGUUUAAGAUUCAAUAAAGAUUCCAAAAAAUUAUGGUUAAGUUAUACCAUAUUUGAAUUAUCUUAUAUUAAUAAAUUAAUUAAUAGAAGAAAAAUUUUAGGGUUAAUUACAGAAAAACAACAAUAUGAACAUGAAAAAUCUGAAAAAUUAGCAUCUAAAGAACAAUUAGAAAAUGAUGAACAUAGUGAUUUAAUUCAAUUAUCAAAUUAUGAUAAUAUUUCAAAUGAUGAAUUGAAAACUCAAUUAAAUUCAUUACCUGAUGCUGAUUUAAAUAUGUUGGGUAAUCCUGAAACAAACCCUGCUUUAAAAGGUGAUGUUGCUUUAACAAUUUUUGAUAUUUGUAUUGAAACUUUAUCUAAAUUGAAAACUUCAACAUUUCAAUCAGAAUUUGAAUUUAAAUAUGAUAUUUCUAAAGAAUUUUUGAAAAUUUUUGAUAAAUUUGAAGAUUUAAAUCGUGAAUAUUUGGUUGGUCAUGUUGUUAAUUAUUUGUUAAACAAUUUUAAUAAUGAAUUAGAUGUUUUAAUCUUGGAUAUUACAUUACCUUUAAGAAAUUUAUCUAUAAAUUCUGAAAAUUUCAUUGAUAAUUUACAAAUUUCUACAAAGAAAUUCAUUGCAUAUAAGGGGAAAUUAAAUUCAAAUGAUGAUAAAUCUCAAUUAAAAUUAAAAUUUUCAUCAUACUUAAUUGAAAAUUUCUUACAAAAUGAUGAAAUUGAAGAUGAAAAUAUUAAACAAAUUUUACAUUCAAUUAUAAAAAAAUUAUAA